AUGGACAGGGGCGUCAUCGACAUGAGGACCAAGCACUCGUCCAUCUCCGUCAUCCAGGGCGAGGACACGGACCGGGGGCGCGAUUAUACCCAGGCUCAUCGACGUGAGGACGUACGCGAAGGAGCAGGCCGUCAUGUCCCCGGUGGAGAGUCGAGAGCGGCAGUACAGUACUGGAUGAGCCUGGCCCAGUGCUACAAAAGAAGUAGUCGACUGUGGAUUGGGAACAACCAGGUGGAGACGAAGGGCAAGGUCUUGAAGGCGCUGGAGGACAAUAUGCUGGUGAUGGAGAAGAAGGUCGACUGCCAGCCGCCACUACGUGUACAGGUCCGUGAGAGCAGGGGGUACGUCCCCACUCUGGUCGACAUGGGAGUCAGCGUCUCGGACGUGGACAAGUCUGUAAGGGGAGAGGAUAGCGGGCUCGAUCAGCCCGAUCCUCGAGGCGGCCGAUAUGGGCUCGGUCAGGGGUCUGAUAUCCUCGUUCAAACGUGGGCGUCAGGCUGCCGCAGGAACACGAACAGGUAG